ACCCACUGAGCCAUCUCACCAGCCCAGGUUUUUUUUUGUUUGUUUGUUUGUUUUGUUUUUUUUUAUUUAGAAAUAUUGUGCAUGCAUGUCGUACACAUGCAGAGGUUACGGGAACUUGUGGCCCUGCCAUUGUGUGUGAAGUGAGAAACUGAUCAGGCUUGGUGGCCAGCACCCACACCCACUGAGUCAUGUCAUCUGCUGACUUUUGGUUUGGUUUGGUUUGGUUUGGUUUGGUUGUGUCUUUAGUUGUGGGUUUCUCUGUGUCCUGGAACUUACUCUGUAGACCAGGCUGACCUUGAACUCACAGAAAUUGGCCUGCCUCCACUUUCCCAGUGCUGGGAAUAAAGGUGUGAAAUACCACCGCCUUGGGUUUUUAAUUAUUUUUAAACAAGAAGCCCAUGUAACUCAGGCUUGUCUCAAACUUCUUCUCUUCCCGUCCUGAGCACUGCAAGAAGCCAGGCACGGUAACGGCAUGCCUGUAAUCCCAGCACUCUGGAAGCAGAAGGAAAAUUAAUUAAGGAUGGAAGCUAGCCUGAAAUAUAUAUAUAUCUUUGGGCCAGCCUGGGCUACAUGGCAAUACCCUGUCUCACAAAACCAAAUAAUAAUAAUAGACCAUUUUAUUUUAAAUAUUUAUUUAAUUUUCAAAUUCUGCAUUUGUGUGUGGGUAUGUGUAUAUGAGUGUAAGUACUUUCAGAGGCCAGAAGAGGGCGGGUCUCCUGGAGUUUGAUUACAUUCAGUCAGUUGUUAGAUGCUGGAAGCCUAGUUCUCAUUAAUUUUAUGCCUAUGGGUGCUUUGUCUGCAAGUAUGUCUGUCUGUACAAUGUUCACAUCUGGUGCAGAAGACAUAGGAUCUCAUGGGGCUGGAGUUCCAGAUGGUUGUAACCUGUGGGAUUGAACCUCAGACCUCUGGAUGAGAUCUUCUCUUAACUCCUGAAUCGUCUCGUGAACCUCUAAAUAAAAGUUUUAAAGCAGAAUAACAGGAAAACCCACAUAAUUACCCUGAGAAAAUGAGAGAAAUUUGAUAAAAACCAGUAGUCCUCUAAGGAGCUUCAUUAAUAUGAUAAAGGCAUGUAAAAACGCCUGUUUGAACUUUGUUUUUUAAAAAUGUGUCGUGUGUGUUUGUGUGUGAGAGAGAGUAUGCAUGUGUUUGUGUGAGUAGGUGAACGUGUAUGUGUGUGUGCAUGUGCGUGUGAGUGCCGUAGCAUACUGAUCAGAGGACAGCUUUUUAGAGUUAUCUUUCUUUCCCCCUUUAAAUAGUCCCAUUAAGCUUUCAAAACAAAUUCUGUAACUGCUGAGCCUUCUUACUGGGCUCCAGCAUUGACUUUUGAAAACAUGUUUUAUCUUUAAACUUUGGGGGGGGGGGGGUUGUUGUUUAUUUUCAUUUAUUUUUGAGUAUUUUGCUUUCAUGUGGCUAUGUGUAUCAUGCGCCUGUCUGGUGCCCUCAGGAGGUCAGAAGAGGGUGUCAGAUCCUUGGAAUUGGAGUUACAGACGGUUGUAAGUAUGUGGAUGCUGAGAACUGAUCCCUUGUCAAUUAGUGCUCUUGACCACUCACCCUUCUUGUCAGCCCCUAUUUUCCUCUUAGUUACACUUUCUUAAAAUAUGUGGGUGAUUGUGCCAUGACAAAUAUGUGGAGGUCGGAGGAAAUUGGAGGGAUUCAAUUCUUGGCUUCUACCAUAUAGGUCCUGGAGGUCACAUAGGAUUCAUCCUGCCUGGUAGCAGGUGACACACUGCCAGCUGAGCUGUCUCACCAACCCUCCAGCUCUCUUUUCUUUCAGUGAGUCAGUUUCAUGUGGAUCAGACUGGCCUUGAACUGACUUUAAGAGUCAAAUCUGGCCUUGAACUCUCCCUACAAUCUCUUGAAGUAAUUAUGGGCUUGAAGUCUUGAUCUUCCUGCCCACACCUCCCUCCAGAGUGUUGGUUUGCAUGGCCACACCCAGCUGGAAAGUCAUUGUCUAUGAUCAUAAACAGCCAAGGAUUUCCUUUAUCGCCAGAUCUGUCACUUAUGCAGUCAUAGAGGGCCAGUAAGUCAGAAGCAGGAAACAAAGACAUAAAGGCUGGAAAGAAAGAGUAAAAUCCUUCCUCCACGUCAGUGGAUCUGCAGGGGGACAGUCCCUUACAGGUGGAGAUUUCUGAUGCAGUGAGUGAGCGGGACAAGGUGAAGUUCACUGUUCAAACCAAGAGUGGCCUCCCUCACUUUGCCCAGUCUGAGUUCUCAGUGGUUCGCCAGCACGAAGAGUUCAUCUGGCUACAUGACACCUAUGUGGAAAACGAAGAGUACGCCGGCCUCAUCAUUCCCCCAGCCCCUCCCAGGCCAGACUUUGAGGCUUCAAGGGAAAAGCUGCAGAAGUUGGGUGAGGGCAACAGCUCCAUCACCCGGGAAGAAUUCUCCAAGAUGAAGCAGGAGCUAGAAGCGGAAUACUUGGCCAUCUUUAAGAAGACUGUUGCGAUGCAUGAAGUCUUCCUGCAGCGCCUGGCAGCCCAUCCCACCCUGCGUCGGGACCACAACUUCUCCGUCUUCUUGGAAUACAGCCAGGAUCUGAGUGUUCGAGAGAAGAACAGGAAGGAGGUCUUGGGAGGGCUCCUGAGGAGCAUCGUCAGGUCUGCAGAUGAAGUCCUCAUCACCGGCAUAUCAGGGCUCAAGGAGGUAGAUGACUUCUUUGAGCACGAGAGGACCUUCCUAGUAGAAUACCACACCCGAAUCCGAGACACCUGCCAGAGGGCCGACCGUGUUAUGCACUCCCACAAGUGCCUGGCAGACAACUAUAUCCCUAUCUCUGCUGCACUGAGCAGUCUCGGAACCCAGGAAGUCAACCAACUCAAGAGGAGCUUCCUGAAGCUGGCAGAGCUCUUUGAACGGCUGAGAAAACUGGAAGGCCGGGUAGCCUCUGAUGAGGACCUGAAGCUGUCUGACAUGCUGAGAUAUUACAUGCGAGACUCACAGGCAGCCAAGGACCUGUUGUACCGGCGGCUUCGGGCACUGGCUGACUACGAGAAUGCUAACAAGGCACUGGACAAAGCUCGGACUAGGAACCGAGAAGUACGGCCAGCAGAGAGCCGCCAACAGCUGUGCUGCCAGCGCUUCGAGCGCCUCUCUGACUCCGCCAAACAAGAGCUCAUGGACUUCAAGUCUCGCAGGGUCUCCUCUUUCCGUAAGAAUCUCAUUGAGCUGGCCGAACUGGAGCUCAAGCACGCCAAGGUGAGUGCUCACUGCCUGCUCCACCAUGAGCUCCUCUGCUGCUCCCACCUCCUUUCCCCAAGGUAUGGGGGUGCCCCCAGUGAUGAGGGGGCAGCAGUAUACAGCCAAGCCCGGGGGUCAAGGCAACGCUCUUCUGAGGCCCGUGUUUUUUGCCCUUCUCUUCCUUGGGUGGUAGGAGGGGAGCCCGAAGGCUGAGAAAUGGAUACCAUGGUACCAGCCUCGGGGAACUGAGGUCUUUUUUCCUGCAGGCCAGCACCCUGCUUCUCCAGAACACCCUUGUUGCCCUUAAGGGAGAGCCUUAGUGAAACCAGACACUUCACUGACAGCUGUCCUGUCUCCUGCCUUCUCCCUAUAAAGACGCUCUCCUUUCCUACCAUGGGGGCCACUUGCCACACCCUUACUCUUGCUUGGGCAAACCCAGGCCCAAAAGCAGUUGGCUCUGCCUGACAGGGAAGUAUGGGGGGACCAUAGGUAAGCAGAGUUCUAGGGACCCUAGCCCUCUUUACAGCAGGCUGUCUGUCAAAGCUCCAGACCGCCAUCCUGCCACUGGCUUUAGAAGAGUUCGUUGGCACCCCACCCCCACACCUGCUCCUCACAAAUAAACAGCCGGUUUACUGCCACAA